AUGGGGACAGGGCUACGCAGCCAGUCCUUGCGAGGACCACGGCCCUCCUAUAGCAAGCUCCAGGAGCCCUGCGGGAGGCCCCUGGCAGGCCAACUGCGCCGGGCGCUGAGCCUCAGACAGGGUCGUGAGAAGUCCAGGUCCUCAGACGGAGGCCCAGAAAGGCUGGACGCCCCCGGGCAGGAGCAACUGCCAGGGAGCCUGGGGGACACAGAGCAGCUGAUCCAAGCCCAGCAAGAAGGCAGCCAGUGGUGGCAAUAUCAACAGAAGAUAAGGAGAAGGUGGGAAAGCUUUGUCACCAGCUUCCCCAGCGUGACCCUGAGCCAGUCGGCCUCCCCACAGCCCUCGCUGGGCACCACCAGCUAA